AUGGGUCAGAGCAACGGAAAGCCCGUCGUCUUCACCGACCAAGUGAACCUCAACCACUUCCGCCUGCUGCGAGUCGUCGGCAAGGGCGCCUUCGGAAAAGUCCGCAUUGUCGAGCGAAAAGACACGGGCCUCACCUUUGCGCUCAAGUACAUACGGAAAGAUGAAGUCGUACGGUCCGAGAGUGUGCGCAACAUUAUUCGCGAGCGCCGCAUGCUCGAGCACCUCAACCACCCCUUCCUGUGCAAUCUGCGCUACAGCUUCCAGGACAUCGAGUAUCUGUACGUCAGCCUGUUCGAUAAGCCCCCCACGUCGAGACUAACCCGCCGCAGCUACAUCGUCGUCGAUCUGAUGAACGGCGGCGACCUGCGCUUCCACAUCUCGCGCAAGACCUUCACCGAAGAGGCUGUGCGCUUCUGGAUAGCACAGCUGGGAUGCGCUGUGCGGUACAUCCACCAGCAGGGCAUCGUGCACAGGGACAUCAAGCCCGACAAUGUGCUCCUCGACUCGGAAGGCCAUGUCCAUCUGGCAGACUUUAACGUCGCAUCCGACUUCACCCCGCACAAGCCCCUGACCAGCAAGUCCGGCACCCUCGCCUACCUGGCCCCCGAGGUCUACGAGGGCAAGGGGUACUCGUGUGAGGUCGACUGGUGGUCACUCGGCGUGCUCUUCUACGAGUGCAUCUACAACAAGCGACCCUUCGAGGCUGGCAGCCACGACUCCUUAGCCGCUAAGAUCCUCAAAGGCGAACCCACUUAUCCCGUCACGAGCCCGCCCGUGUCGAUGCCGUGCUUACACGCCAUCAGUUCGCUGCUGGAGAAGAACAGGAGGAAGCGCAUUGGUGCCAUCAGCUUCGAGUCGUUCACCGACAACCCCUUCUUCCGCCCCCUGGACUUUGAGGCCUUGGAACGCAAAGAAAUUGACCCUGUCUUCAUUCCUUCGAGCGACAAGACCAACUUCGACGCGACAUACGAUCUGGAGGAGUUGCUGCUAGAAGAGGCACCGCUCGAGGCACGAGCACGGAGACAGAAGCCCAGAGAAGCAUUGAAAGAUGACGCCACCGAUCAGGAAAUUCGUGCGGAAGAGCUGCACAGGAUGAUCGAGACCCUCUUCGAGCCGUUCAACUACACUACAGUCGCUGACCAACGCCCAAUCGCUAUUGCUGUCACAGAUCCCGUCGACUCAGUGGGCGGAUCAAGAACGAGCGGCCAUAGCAAUAGCGAAACCACACCAGCAUCCACCACAUCCCAGCAAGAUCCCUGGGGCCGUCCACUCGCGACAACGAAAUCUCAAGACGUCGACAUUCACGGAACUCGCUCGACGACCACCGCGCGCUCUACGACUCAGUCCCCAAGCGGCAGCCCUCCGCUGCCCACGACUGCACUCCACCAGGCCGGCACGGCCGGCACGGCCGACUCUCCCACGUCUCAGCGCGGUGAGCGUGCGGAUUACUUUCCCGCGGACGGUUCCGAGCCAGUGCCGCCUUCAUUCUCUCGCCCCAUGAACACUCGCCCACGUGGCUCACAACGGAGCACCAGCAUGGGCGGAGGCGUACAGGUAGUCCUCAACGAAACCGGUUCGUGGUCUGAAAUGGCUAACCAGAGCUCUGCGCUUGUACAGAACCCUCAAACUGCUGAGAAGCCAUCUGGCAUGCUUGGUUUUCUGAGCCGUAAGAAGGGACGAGACAGGAGUCCCAAGGCGAAAGAGAGGGGUGUACUAGGCAAGGAGGGCGCUCGGGUCAUCAUCAGCAACACUUGAACCUCGCCCGCUGCAUCGCCUAUGGCUGCGUGCGCAGCUCGACGAAUUCCCUUACUCUGACAUCAUACCCUCCGAAGUCGAUUUCAUUGCGCGGCGUUCUGGCGUUGUUCCGGACAUUUCUAUACCAUGUCGCAACAUUUGUUCAACACUCGACCGACGCUUCGUCUUCGAGACUGCAUAUAUUUGCAUAUACCGCGACCUCCCCUGGUGUAUGGGAUCAGAGUUUAACCAGGAUGAUAUCACAGCGGAUCCGGCUGCUAGGCUGGUCGCGUCGCAAUAUCCAAGAUGAGGAUACUAGAGGAGGGGGACUAUAGAGUGAUUUAGGGAGCGGCUAUCUAUGGGGAGGCUGUUGUAUUUGUAUAUGUGACGAAGAAGAGUCAGACACAGACAUGAUUCAAGAGGACCUAACGCAUUAUUUUGGAAGAAUCCACGAGCAUUUAUUGUCCCGCAACGCGAUAAACAUUGGACAGGCCACUUAGUCGUCACAUUUGUUUUGGUAGACAGACAUUCAUCAAAUACCCAACCAUUUUUACAGUCCACCAAGAU